CGCUCCUCAUCGUCGACAACGACGAGCUCGACCCCAUCGCCCACCUUCUGACCAAAUCCAAAAUAAUGUCCGCCCACAUCGACGAGGUUCACUCUGACCACUCUGAUCAUGAGCACCAUGAUCACGAGCACGAGCACGAGGAGGAUCCCACCUCUGCCGCCGCUCUCGAGAAAAUCCAGUCGAGGUCAGAGCGAAAGGCCCGCAAGGCCCUCCUCAGCUUGGGCUUGAAGAAGGUCCACGGUAUCAACCGUGUUACUCUCCGAAGGCCAAAGAACGUUUUGUUCGUUUUGGCUCACCCCGAGGUCUACAAGUCGCCCAACAGCGACUGCUACAUCGUUUUCGGCGAGGCCAAGAUUGAGGAUAACGGUGGUGCUGGACCCCUUGCUGCUGCUCAGCAACUCGCUUCCGCUUCUGCUGCUAGCCAACAAGUCCUCCAGGAUGCUGCCAAGGACAACGAUGACGAUGAUGACAUCCCUGAACUCGAGGCUGCUGAGGAGGAGGGACCCGUUGAUGAGACUGGCGUUGAUCCAAAAGACAUUGAACUUGUCAUCCAGCAGGUUGGAUGCUCUCGAGCCAAGGCCGUGAGGGUUCUCAAGGAGAGUGGAGGAGACUUGAUCAAUGCCAUCAUGGCUGCAAGCGAGUAGACGACUUCAACACAUUGUAUUUUGUAUCCAGAAUAAACCGUGCAUUUCAUUUCG